AUGAAGUUCACAGGACGAGGCAUGCUCUCUUUCUUUUGGUACUCUUUUGUUCUUGUUUCCUCUAUUUUUUCGGCUCAAAGCUUCAAAGAAAAUGAAGAAAUCCGAAGGUCUCAGUUCCCAGAUGGCUUCUUGUUCGGAGCCAGCACUUCAUCUUACCAGGCAUUUGUUGAAGGUGCUUAUCUUGAAGAUGGCAAGAGCCUAAGCAACUGGGAUGUUUUCUGUCACACUCCAGGAACAAUAGAAAGUAAUGAGAAUGGGGAUGUUGCAGACGACCAUUACCAUCGCUACUUGGAAGACAUUGAGCUGAUGCAUUCCCUGGGAAUGAAUUCAUAUCGCUUCUCUAUUUCAUGGGCUAGAAUUCUACCUGAUGGGAUGCUCGGCAAAACCAAUCCAAGUGGGAUCACCUUUUAUAACAAACUUAUAGACCAUCUGUUGCUCAAAGGGAUAGAGCCAUUUGUGACAGUUCACCACAAUGACAUGCCCCAAGUUCUAGAACAAAGAGAUGGGGGUUGGCUUAGUCCGCUAUUACGGGAAGAAUUUGCACAUUUUGCUUCCAUAUGCUUCAAGAGUUUUGGGGACAGGGUGAAGUAUUGGAUUACCUUCAAUGAGCCCAAUCUCAUGAUUGAGUUUGCCUAUAUAAGGGGAUGGUACCCACCAGCUCGUUGUUCAACCCCUUUUGGGAACUGUUCAAGUGGCAAUUCUGAUACUGAGCCUCUCAUUGCAAUGCACAACAUUUUAAUAGCUCACGCCACGGCGGUUGACACAUAUCGUAGGGUUUUUUGGCCAAAACAGCAUGGGUUUAUUGGAAUUGUUGCAAAUGCACACAUGAUGUUUGAUCCUUUAGUGCAUGGAGAUUACCCUUCUGAAAUGCGCGAAUGCCCAGGCUUGGAAUUGCCAAGGUUUUCCCACAACGAAAAACAGCUCUUAAGAGGCAGCAUAGAUUUUAUAGGCUUCAACCACUAUUCAACUCUAUACGUCAAGGACUGUAUCCACUCUGCUUGCCCCUUAGGCGGUGACCAUGCCAUCAAAGGCUUUCUCAACACAACCGGGUAUCGAGAUGGCGUACCAAUUGGAGAACCGACUGGAAUGCCUAGGUUUUUUGUGGUUCCGAGAGGCAUGGAGAAGAUGCUUGAUUAUCUAAAGCAAAGAUACAAUAACAAGCCCAUGUUUAUUACUGAAAACGGAUACUCUUUACCAACCCCACAGACUGAACUGCAAGAUUGGAACAGGAUCAAGUUUCACAAAGCUUACAUGGCCUCUGUGGCCAGAGCAAUAAGCCCAUGUGCUGCACAAUGUUUGCUGGGCCCAGUUUUGGUUACACUGUUUGGGCAGCAACUUUGUGCCAAAAAUCUGAUAUUGCUGGUUUGUUUGUUUGUUUGUACAAACACAACAGAAGACAUUGAGCUGAUGCAUUCCUUAGGAACAAAUGCAUACCGGUUCUCCAUUUCCUGGGCUAGAAUUCUACCUGAUGGGAUGCUCGGCUCAGUCAAUCCAAGAGGGGUCAUCUUUUAUAACAAACUUAUAGACAAUCUUCUAAGCAAAGGAAUAGAGCCAUUUGUGACAAUUCACCACAGUGACCUGCCCCAAGUACUAGAACAAAGAGACGGGGGUUGGCUCAGUCCGCUAUUAAGGGAAGAGUUUGUACAUUUUGCCUCCAUAUGCUUUGAGAGUUUUGGAGAUGGGGUAAAGUACUGGGUUACCAUAAAUGAGCCCAAUAUGGUGGCUGAUUUUGCCUAUCUCAGAGGACUAUAUCCACCGGCUAGUUGUUCUCCACCAUUUGGCAAUUGUUCCACUGGAAAUUCUGACACUGAGCCUCUUAUUGGAAUGCACAACAUGUUAAUUGCACAUGCUAUGGCUGUUGAAAUUUAUCGUACUUUUUUCUGGCGGAAACAAAAUGGGUUUAUUGGAAUUGUUGCGCAUGCAUUCAUGUAUGAACCGCUUAGGGAUGAAGAAAGGGAUCGGGAUAGAGCCUUGGCUUUCAAUGUGGCCUGUGUAUGGAGAUUACCCGCUGAAAUGCGUCAUUGCCAUGGUUUGGAGUUACCAAGGUUUUCCGCCAAAGAGAAACAGCUUUUGAGAGGAAGCAUAGAUUUUAUCGGUGUCAACCACUAUUCAACUCUAUAUGUCAAGGACUGUAUUCACUCUCCUUGCCCCUCUGGGGGUGACCGUCCCAUCAUGGGAUUUCUCAACACAACUGGCUAUCGAGAUGGGGUUCCAAUUGGAGAACCGACUGGACUGGCUGAUUUCUUCGUUGUUCCAAGAGGCAUGGAGAAGAUCAUUGACUAUGUUAAGCAAAGAUACAAUAACAUGCCCUUGUUUGUGACUGAAAAUGGAUGCACUUUACAAACACAAGAGAAUGAACUAGAAGACAGGGAUCGGAUCAACUUUCACAAAUCUUACCUUGCCUCUUUAGCCAGAGCAAUAAGGCUUUUGACAAACAAUUAA